CCUCAAUCAAAUUUAAACACUUCCUCCCCUGUGAAGCCCCAACCAAGAAAAUUAGAAAAGGUAAUUUGAAAGAAGAAAAAAAUGUCUAACAGCAAUAAUGAAUACAACGACCUCUUCAGUUCAUUGAUUUCAGAGAUAAAGAAUUACACUGGCAGAGACCCUCUUCUCCCUUGGCUCCGUACGGGUUUUUUUCCCCCCUUCAACAGAGGAAUACGUAAAAUGAAGGAGUUGGUACCACCUCAGCUUCUGAAAGAGAAACUGCCCCGAUUUCUGCAGAAAUGCGCCCAGACUUUUCAGUCCGACCGCCGUUACACUAAUGAUUUGCGGUACCUUCGUGUUUGGUUGCAAUUGAUGGACUUCGUUGACAAUCCAAAAAGUGUUUUGAGAACAAUGGAGGAAAAUCGCAUUGGGAUGAAAAAGUCACUGUUUUACCAGGCUUAUGCACUCUACUUUGAGAAGAUGAAAAAGUUUGAGGCAGCUGAGAAGAUGUAUCAUUUAGGAGUGCAGAACCUUGCAGAACCUGUUGAUGAGUUGCAGAGAUCAUAUGAGCAAUUUCUUCAUCGCAUGGAAAGACACAAGAAUAAGAAAAAUCGGUGCCAGGGAAGGAUAACUUCUAAUGUGCCACUUUCUUCUGGAAUUUGUCUGAAGGACUACGACAGAGGAAGAAAGGAGAGUGAGUGCUUGAAACCAAUUGGAACCUGGCUUGUUGAUGAUGUGAAGAUGCUGUCACAAAGCUCUCAACAUGAGAUGCAGGCAAAGGAUGCUGAUCAUGCCCUAGCAGCUUCAGAUCUCAGUGAUGCACAAGUUUCCAGUGAUUCAACUCUUAAGAGGGGAGUCAUGGGUGAUAUUAUUAGCAGAAGUUAUCCCGAAAGAACUAAAGCGAAGUCCAGCGAUAAUCUAAAACACUAUACAGAUGAUACAGUUGUGGUUAAAUUUGUAGAUACUGCCAUUGUUGAGCAGUCUGAUGCAGAAGAUGCACGACAUCAUGGUCUGGUGGAACCCACAAUAAACACAAAGGAGGCAAUGAAUGCUAUCAAUAAUAUGUUUCAAGAGCCUCUAGAACCAUCCCAAAUUGGCAGGAGAUCAUGUAGAAACCAGUCCAAAACAGAUACGAGCUUGAACAGUAAACUUGAGAUCUUCGUUGAUGGAAUUAUAGAAACAUCAGAUGUACAAUCGUGUCAAAAUUUAAGAGGGGAUUCCUCUCUACAAAUUGAUAGUUCAAGAACUCAUCCACCUUUGCAGGAGCAAUUGCAGAUAUUCAUAGAUGACGAGGAAAAUGAAAAUGUGACAGAGAUGGUCACUGGAAUGGAUAUAGUGGACCACAAUAAAGACCGGAAUUUAACUAGAGGCGCUAAAGUUUCCAAGGAGCAUCUCAACGGUUUUGUGUUUCCGCUUCCAUUGGACAUUUCCUUGGAUAGUAGUUGCAAGAUUCUAGAUGCUGCAAAGCCACACGAAGUACCACUUGGAGAGGAAACUGUCUACAGAUUUGUAGGAUCCACCAUCUCAGAUGAGCCAGCGGUGGAAAAUGUUUGUCAUCAUGGACUGGUGGAACCUACCAUUAAUUUGAAGGAAGCUAUGGAUGAUAUAAACAACAUGUUUGGGAAGCCAAUAGAAUUUGUAAGGAAAAGAAGACCAAAGAAGAAGGAUGAGACAAAUUUUAGCAGGAGCAAUUCUAGUGGGUUUUUGAUACUUCCUGAUGGUGAUUUAGACAAUGAACUAGGGAAAACCAUCUCGAAGUCAUCAACCAAUAAUGAAAAUGAUUUGUUUGAGCAAACUGUUUGCACUAGGGAGGCAAUUGCUGAAAUCAACAAGAUGUUUGGGAUGCCACUUGAUUUCUGAGUUCCUGUCUUUGCAGAUAACGCCGAUUGUAGAGUUGGAAAUGGGUUUGGCUCCUGAUAGAGACCAUGUUCCAUAGUGCUCACAGCUCUGGCAG